AUGAAGUAUGAGAAUGGCAGCUUCACAGUGCCCGCCACUGGAGUGUAUGUCGUCUAUAGCCACAUCAAGUUUUACACAGAAAGAAAUAAUCAUGACGAUGCUGAGUCUGAUUUUCAUCAUAAUAUAACACGGUACAGUGCACUGAAGCAAGAGGCAGAAGCAGUAUUGGGGAAUGUCAUCAGCGAGAACAAAAACAGCAUCAUUGAUGGAGCAAGUCUGGAGUACUCCAGUGAUGUUCAUGGAUUGGUGCAGCUGGACGCUGGUGAUCAGCUGAUGGUGAAAGUAUCAGGGAUGAAUCCACUGAGACAUGAUAGGGACUGGCAUUAUUUUGGAGUAUACAUGACGUGA